AUGAAGAACAUAGGGAAGAUGGGAAUUCACUACUUGCAGAGGUUGAAUGCGGCAAAUGUUCCAAAAGACUUGAUAGAGAAAGGGCAGAAUCGGGUUAUAGAGGCAUCCCUUACACUUAUUCGUGAGAGGGCAAAACUCAGGGGGGAACUUCUGCGAGCUCUAGGAGGUGUUGUAGCUUCAACAUCUUUACUUGGAGUUCCUCUAGGACAUAACUCUUCAUUUCUCCAGGGGCCAGCAUUUGCACCCCCUCGUAUAAGAGAGGCUAUUUGGUGUGGCAGCACAAAUUCCACAACAGAAGAAGGCAAGGAGCUAAAUGACCCACGGGUCUUGACUGAUGUUGGUGAUGUGCCAGUCCAGGAGUUACGAGAUUGUGGUGUAGAUGAUGAUAGACUGAUGAGCAUCAUAACUGAAUCUGUGAAGCUAGUCAUGGGAGAAGAUCCAUUACGCCCUUUAGUGUUAGGGGGUGACCACUCCAUUUCAUUUCCAGUGGUGAGAGCAGUAUCUGAGAAGCUUGGGGGACCUGUCGAUAUUCUUCACCUGGAUGCUCAUCCUGAUAUUUAUCAUGCCUUUGAGGGAAACAAAUAUUCUCAUGCAUCUUCUUUUGCACGAAUUAUGGAGGGUGGUUAUGCUCGUCGACUUUUGCAGGUGGGAAUCAGAUCAAUUACAAAGGAAGGCCGUGAACAAGCGAAAAGGUUUGGUGUGGAGCAAUAUGAAAUGCGCACAUUUUCAAGGGAUCGCCAAUUGUUGGAGAAUCUGAAACUUGGUGAAGGCGUGAAGGGUGUGUACAUUUCAGUAGACGUGGACUGUCUGGAUCCGGCAUUUGCCCCCGGCGUUUCUCACAUUGAGCCAGGGGGUCUCUCUUUUCGUGACGUUUGCAACAUACUUCACAACCUUAAAGGUGAUGUUGUAGCUGCAGAUGUUGUUGAAUUCAACCCGCAACGUGAUACUGUUGAUGGAAUGACUGCCAUGGUUGCUGCCAAGCUCGUAAGAGAAUUGACUGCGAAGAUAUCAAAAUAA